CAGAUAAUGGCUCUUCUUUUUUACUCCCCACAGAAAGCAAGUGAUUGCUUUCCUUUCCUCAUUUUUGGAAGCCCUGCCUAACACACAGCUGCACUCUACAUCCCAGUUCCUGGAUGGACGAAGAAAGUGAACUGAUCCAGCCCCAAGACCAGAGCUGCUGGGCCACUCUGCCUGAUGUGUGUCUGUGCCGUGUUUUCUGGUGGCUAGGAGACAGGGACAGGUCCAGGGCUGCUCUUGUCUGCAGAAAGUGGAACCAGAUGAUGUAUUCUGCUGACCUCUGGCGGUACAGGACCAUCACCUUCAGCGGGAGACCUUCCAGGGUACAUGCAUCUGAAGUAGAGUCAGCUCUUUGGUAUGUUAAGAAGUUUGGUCGUUAUCUGGAGCGCCUGGAGGUCAAAUUCCUGAAUCCUUACAAUGCUGUCUUGACCAAGAAGUUCCAGGUCACCAUGCGGGGCCUCCUGUCUUGUCUGAGUAAGAGCAACAACCGUCUGAAAUCUCUUUCCAUCCAACACUUGGAGCUGGACCGCCUGGUGUGGAGGAACAGCAUCAGGAGCUCAUUCAUCAGGAGCUUGAGCUUCUUCUUAAAGAAGAUGGGCAAACACCUGGAUUACCUCAACCUAAAAGGGGCCAGGCUGACCGUGGAGCAAGGCUGCCACAUUCUCGACUCCCUCAGCCACCUGAGGAAUGAGAAUGUGAUCUCGGAACUCAACAUCGAGGACUACUUCAGUCAUCACCUUGCUGUCUACAGCAGCCCCCAGUUCAAAAAGACCAUGUCCACAUUCCACAAUCUUGUGUCCCUGAACCUCAACUACAACUGUAUCUCCGACGAGCUGCUUGAGAAUUUGUGUGAGAACGCCAGCACCCUCUGGACCAUAAACAUCAAAUGCCACAUUCAUGACCCCCACGGACAGGUCAUCUGGGGUAUGUCCUGGGCCAAGCUGGCCAGGCAGGCCACCAAUCUGAAGGUGAACUUCUACUUUGAACGGAUCAUGAAGUACGAACGCUUGGCCCGAAUCCUCUUGCAGGAGAUCCCAGUCAGGAGCAUCAGUCUGAGAAGCUGCUAUUUCAGUGACCCAGACUGGUCCAUGAGACCCACUCUGAUAGAUCUCCUGCCCACCUUCCGGCACACUCUGCAGAAAUUAACUUUUGAAUUCAACAACAACCACGAGUCACUGGACGAGGAGCUGCACCUCCUCAUCGUAUCCUGCAGGAAGUUGUUUUACUUCAAAAUCUGGGCUUUCCUUGAUGUUAGGUUUGUGGAGCGGAUCCUGAAGAGUCAGAAAGAACGGCAGUGUGCCCUGCGCACGCUCAAGGUGAGAAUUUAUACAAACAGAUAUGAGACGAAUGAAGAGGACAGGACCCUGCGGGAAAUUUACAGGAAGUAUAGAAAGCUGAUCGACUCAGAGCUUAGCUAUUUCGUCAUCGCUUACCCUAUGAUGUAAUGAACGCUCUACAGAUGAAGAAAGCUAGGAGCACUUUGAACUUGAAAAUCAUUUCUCUUAGAACUACACUCGGGCAUGGCCAGCCCUUUUGCUCCUCUCUCUUUUUUUUUUUUUUUUUUGGUCAGUUCAAUACCAACAGGAGCAGCCCAGCAAAGGCUGAGACUGCUGAUGACCUGAAGGCUCCAGGUGGCUUUAAAGCGCUAUGUUUACCAACUA